AUCCUAAACAGUUCUGGGCAUCCCCUUAAACACAAAACUUAGCGGGAACACCCAUAAACUGGAGACACAACUCAGAAGAACGGAUUGUAGGCACACCUUCUACUCCUCAAGAGCAGUCAAAUGUUGGAAUUAGAUUCCGAUUGACAUAGCCCGAGCGACCUUCCAGGGGUCCUUUGAAAGCAACCCAGAUAUAUUCUUAAGGACCAAGGAUAGUAUCUCAUCAUAAUUUACUAAUUCUUUGUUUCUAUUUUUCGUCAAAUACACCUAGGUUCUUAUCUAGAGGCAUCUGUAAUCCACUGCUACUGGAUACGGAAGCCCGUUAUCAAAAGUUUUUAUUCCGUUCAUAAUUAUUUGAACCAUUUGAAAUUUUCGAAGGUCGCUGCGUUGGCGGCAUUUCCGGAUGACAGUCACAUCGCGUGAUAAUGAGUAGUGUACAGAUGAAGAACGUGGACAAGGUACUGGAAGUGUCAUCCACUCCAAUACCCUCUAGAGGAUGUAAUUCUGGCUAUGAGGAGCAAACGAAGGAUUCGCGUCUCAUAUUAUCAUCAGCUAAGAAAAGAUUGUCUAGUAAAUCAAACUCAGAAACCGGAAGCUUCGACUCAGCAUCAUAUACUGGAUCUAGUUCAGAUGAUGAUGAUGAAGAAAGUCAACAACGUGAAAAUCCAAAGGAACGUUAUUUGAAACCUGGACUUAGAGCUGUAAACUCUAGAGGAUUCAAUGAUUUCUGUGUUCAAAAAAUCCGUCAAGCUUCUUUUGGACGUAGAGAAAUUGAAAUAGCUGAACAAGAAAUGCCUGGUUUGAUGGCAUUAAGAAAGCGUGCUAAAACUGAUCAGCCAUUAAAAGGAGCCAAAAUUCUCGGUUGUACACACGUGACCGCGCAUACAGCUGUACUACUUGAAACAAUGGUAUGUCUUGGCGCUCAAGUUCGAUGGUGUGCUUGUAACAUAUAUUCAACACAGAAUGAAGUGGCAGCAGCGUUAGCUGAGUCCGGUGUUCCUAUUUAUGCAUGGAAAGGCGAAACUGAAGAGGAUUUCUGGUGGUGUAUUAAUCGUUGUAUAUCUGCUGAAGGUUGGAUACCCAAUGUAGUAUGUCAAAUGUUUUUAUCUUCUCUACUUAUUACUUUGUAUGUUGAAUUUUAUCUGAUAUUUGAAAAUUAUUUCUUGAUCUUUUGUUGUUUUGACUUAGUGAUGUGUUUUUUUCGUGAGAAACGUAUUUAGUUGGUAUGUUUAAGAAACGUGGAACAUAACCUCUUAAUUAUGUACUUGACAAGGGAGACUUUUUUCACAAACGGUUUAUAUUUCUUUUUCUUUGACAGGAAAUAAUAGAGUUGUUAAUUCUUACUGUUGCAGUUUAAUGCAGAAAGAUAUUGAUGAACAAAUAAGCCUUAUUGUUGGUAUAUUUGCGAAAUUAACUUACAACUAAAUUAUUAAAGGUGGAUACAUUCCGGUCCUCACUUGGAAUGCAUCUGACAGCUGUCCUUCACGCACCACUUUGCACUGUAGUUUGUCGCAUGAAUUCCUCAUGAUGUUGACGAUUUUCUCAGGUACACCAUAGUGUUGAAUAAGUUCCUAUAAUAUUCUCCUAUCCAAACCGUCAAAUGUCUUCUCAUAAUCAAGGAAGUUAAUGUUUGGUAGCUAGUUUCAUUCAAUUGAUUGUGCAACGAUGAUCCCUAUUGUCGCUAUUUCGUUUGUGUACGACCGGUCUUUACAGAAUCCAGCCCGUUGAUCUCAAAGGUUGAUGUCUACUGAAUCGUUCAUUCGGUUCAACAACACUAUUUUGAAAACAUCAGAAUAAUUGAAUAGAUCAGUUUGUCGUACAGCUAGCUAUCUUGACAACUAACAUGAUCCAUCAUUGUGUUUCUGUAAUUUUGAUGUACCCUUGUUUUUAUUGAUAUAAUCUUUUUAAGUCCUGAGUACUUAACAUAAAAGUCUUAAUAUAAAGGCCUACACUUUAUAUAUAUACUGUAAAACUAAUCGUACAUUUGCAUAUUCUUAGACUGGGAUUACUUAUUAUCAUGCCUAUAAUAUUUUAUAAAACUGAUCUCACGAUGGAUGAACUAAAUCCAGGUUUUGUUUUGCAAGCCGAAUAUCCAUUCAUCACAAAUUUCAAAGGUUAAUCUUACUGUCUAGUCUAAAGAAAAUAAUGUUGGCUAUAUGACGUAAUCUUUACAAUAAAUACAUUCAGAAUCUUGAUCUCAGUAAUGAAAAUUGCAGCAUUACUUACAAUAUUGACUCAGUAAAACAAACCAGUGGAAAAGUAUCGCUUCGAAUAAAGUACGGAAAUAAAAUAAGCACGUUCACUAUGAUAAAUUUAACUUAAAUUUAUACUAAAUAAACUUUUAAAAAAUCAAUUGGUUUUUGUAGUCUAUCCAUUUAGAUACUCGCAUGGGCAUGAUCAGUACGCUGUUAUCUGUUAUACCGUUAGGUUAGGUUGUCUUCAUUUCCUAAUUUAUAUGACCCAAACAAGAUUUAUCUCAUACUCGUACACUACAUAUCUUGUCGUUUUUUGUGUUAUGAGGUGUAACAACUUGAACAGAUGAGUUUUACGUCAUUGCAUACUUUGUAUAUAACAGUGUGUGGAACUGUGGCUUAGUGGUUUAGCCAUUCGACUCCCAACCUCUAAUUUUCAGAUUCGAACCCUGCAUCACCUAUUUCUCUUUGGGCAACUCGGUGGUUCAUACUCAAAUACCUAGUGAAUUAUUUGUUUGUCUGUCUGUGAUUAACAUUUCUGUUACAAUACUUUUGCUACAAACACUGGUUGAAUGAAUUUAGUAUAUUUUCUUCGUGUAGUUGAUAAUAUGCUUUGCAAAUUAACAAUUUCCCAGUUAACAUUUUCUUGUCAUUUUGAUCAUAAUAUCAUAUAGUAUUUCAACCUUAGUUCCUUUCAUAUUACUAACAUUUUCAAAAUAAUCAUAAAUUUCUCUGUUUGAUAAAUAAUUUGCUUUAUGUAUAAGGUUAAAUGAGGGUUAUAGAUUUUAAGCCCUCAAAUAUAUGUUCUACAGUGAUCCCAAAAACGUUAAUAAUAUUUUAUACUGUUACUUCCUCGCUUCAACUUACCACCAUGACUCAAAAUCGUAACUAGGGAUUGUAUUUAACGUUUCUUACUAUUGGGUAUUCUAUUUCAUUUUCUUUUUCAGUGAACCACCUCAAAGUUUUUCUAAAUUUCAUGCAAAUACUGGUCAUACAUUGUUGUUCAUCAAUUUGCUCUUGAUCGAAACAAGCUCAUUUGUAAAGACUAGCCCUCUCAUCUUACUUCCGUGUGAUUAUGUCACUAUUGAUGUGUUUUACAUUAAUGGUCCAGUUUGUUUGAUCCUGUUAGAUUGUUGUGGACACGCAGUGCUGAAGAAUCCCAUACGUAAAACAGACGGCCGUCCGGUGCUCCUAGGUUUCUGCUAGUUUUCUUACUUGGAUUGGUUCGUGAUUUCAAUACAAUUUUGAUUACUUCUGACCAACUUGUGUUUCUGAGAUAUAUUAGAUUUUCCAUUUCCAACACAUGCUUUAUUCUGAUUUUUCAUAUUUUUUUCCAUUUCUCCUCUCAGGUUUUGGAUGAUGGUGGGGACUUAACUCAUCAGCUGCAUAAAAAUUACAAGGAACUACUGUCUGGUAUAUGUGGAAUAGUUGAAGAAAGUGUGACAGGUGUUCAUCGUCUUUAUCAGUACGUGAAAUCUGGCACAUUGGGAGUGCCGGCUAUGAAUAUUAGCGACAGUAUAACAAAGUCAAAGUUCGAUAAUUUCUAUUUGUGCAAAGAAUCAAUUGUUGAUUCUCUUAAACGAACUACAGAUAUGAUGAUCAGUGGUAAGACUGUAUUGGUAUGCGGUUAUGGUGAAGUUGGGAAAGGUGUUUGUCAAGCGUUAAGAGGAUUAGGAGCUUUCGUUUGUAUUUCGGAAAUAGAUCCGAUCUGUGCACUUCAAGCUUGGUAAGCAAAAGUUUUUAUUUUCUCUCACAAGAUUCGAUACAUUUCCAUAGGAAGUUAGAGUUGUGCCUUUUUGGUUAAUUUUUCCCUUAGUUUUAUUUUAAAGUAAUUUUUGUCCUGAACCAAUUAUAUCAAAUAGAUUCCUCGAUAAUAAGCUGACAUUGGAUAGCCGUUAGGUCUUGGUUUGAAACGGUAAUCUUGUUUUACACCACAUGAUUGAGAAAAUAACAUUCUGAUCUCUUAUCGAGCACAAUGAUUUCAAAAUACUACUUCAAAAUUCAAUGCUUUUGACUUUGAGCACUUACUUAUCGUGCAAAUUGAAAGAGCCAGGUGAAUCUCUUUAACAGAUAGUAACUUUGUUAUGGAGAACACGAACCGACUUGAGUAAAACAGCCAUUGAAUAUAUAUAUAUACUGUUGAGUAACUUCAGAAUCAGACAAGGUCUUUGAAUAACAUUCCACGAAUGCUUUUUAGUGUUAAAAUCAUUCAGGUUUUCCUGGAAUUCCGAAGUGUUAUAAAUAGUAGCUUGAGAUUUCUCAGAAUUUCUAUUUAUUUUUGUCUUUCUGUUUACUUCGAAGCAUGGAUGGUUAUCGUGUUGUAAAAAUCGAUGAAGUUAUACGUUCAGUGGACAUUGUGGUUACUUGCACCGGGAAUAAAGGUGUCAUUACUCGGGCCCAUAUGGAUCAAAUGAAAAAUGGUUGUGUCGUAUGCAAUAUGGGUCAUUCUAACACAGAAAUCGAUGUUCGAUCUCUUCAAACACCUGAUUUAACAUGGGAGCGUGUUCGAUCACAAGUGGAUCAUGUUAUUUGGAUGGAUGGUAAACGUAUUGUUCUUAUAGCUGAGGGUCGUUUGGCGAAUUUAAGCUGUUCAACUGUUCCAUCGAUUGUUGUCUCUGUUAGCGCCAGUACUCAAAUAUUAGCUUUGAUUGAAUUGUACAAUGCUCCUGCUGGUCGUUAUAAAAAUGAUGUGUAUUUAUUACCGAAAAAAAUGGAUGAAUAUGUGGCAACAUUGCAUCUUCCAUUAUUCAAUGGUCGAAUAACUGAACUCACUGAUGAACAAGCUCGAUAUUUAGGUGUAAAUAAAACAGGACCAUUUAAACCGAGUAACUACAAAUAACAUCUGUACAAACUUUAGAAGAAAGCUUAGUUUUGGAAUUUAUCAACAGAUACUAAACUUGUUCUCAUUCUUCGUUUCUCCUCAUGCACUGACUGCUGUUACAUUUAUUGGAAAAUGUCUUCCUGUUCAGCAUGUAUACGUUGUAUCCAUUUGAUUUUCGUAGAAAGUAUGGUAGAAUAUUACAUCUAAUGUACUCUAAAUAUGUUGAAGUAUGAAUUUCUCAUUCUCUUACUCUGUUUAUUCUCAUAACUUUCAAUUACAUUCCAAUAACUAUUGUGUAAAAGAGUUGCUUUGUAUUAAUCUAGUAUAUUUUCAUGUUUCACCAUUAAUUUAACGUAUGUCUUUCCUUGUUAAUCUUCUUUGUAGAUUUAGCGUUAAAAAAGAUCAUUUUUUAUUUUGAUUACAUAUAUUAGUUUGAUUCACCCUCACGGUAAUUCUAUUAUCUGCCUCAUAAAUACACUGAUAUAUUAAUGUUAUCGAAAUGUUAAUUAGCCUAGGGUUGUCUUCAAGUAUCACUCUGUGGUGACGCUGUUAUUUUUCCUCAUACUGAUUUCUGUGUCAUUAUGGCGUCCUGUAUCUUUGUUAGUGAAUCCUGUUGAAUCUAUCGGAAUAUUACGUAAUUAGUCGUGUUUUAACUAGUUUCUCUUAAUCAGACAAGCAUUAAUAAUUCAUUCAUUAUAAUUCUAAUUGAUUUGUCUUUACCAUGUAUUAUUUUUGUAUUUUUUUCGUGAUUUCCCCUCUUGCAAUUCUAUUUAACCAUUUACUUUCCUCAUUCAUAACAUACAGCGUUCUGUUUGACCUUGUGUAGAAUACAGAUAGUUAUUUAUAGUCUGUAUGUAUCGUCUAUAUGAUACUUGCACUGUUUUUUUAUAUUGAAUAUGAUAUGAUUCUACGCACAUUCGCAUCAAUUUUAUAAUGGCUGUGGUAAGGACUAGAUCUUUUUUGCUUGUAUCCACGUAUUCUUUAGACAUGUUACAAUAAGUAAUUCGACAUUCAGUAGUUUGCAGUGUAGAUUACUUUAUCUGAUAUUCAAAUGUUACUUACUUUAUGAACGGUUAUUUUGGAUAGGCUUUUGCGAAUCAAUGUUGAAUAUGUUUGACGAUCUACUGAUGUGUCCAUUAUACGUAACACUAAUGAGAGUUUGAUGAAAAGCCUGUGAUAGAACUCUAAAGUUUUUGUUUAUUAACCUGUAUGUAAAAUAAUAGGGAAACAUCCGGUUUUGUGUCUGACGAUCGUUAAUAAUAUCCGAUGUUAACUUGUACAAUUACUUUAUUGUGUAACUAUGAUAAUGUGUGUGUCAGUCACCCGUCUCUAACAUAAGAUGGAUCUGGACAGUUUAGUUUUACUAAUCGAUGAUUCACAUACGAGAGUAAUAAACAAUCCCACCCCAAUGAGCGUUCCGAAACUGAAUCAUUUUAAUGAUUUUUCUAGUUACUAAUAACUUAUUUGAGUACAUAAAAUUAAGUCCUGUUGUAAGUCGGUCGAUGGCCCCAAACUAUAGAAAAACAAUUUAUCUGUUUUAUCUUAAAACAUCUUUAUAUUGUGAUUUAAAGGAAGCGCUGUUAUCUGUUAUUAGCUUCUUUCAUUCUUUCCAUUGUAUACUGCGAAAGCAACGGUUUAAACACCAAUUUACCAAUAAGCUUAGGAUUAUUUCACUUUCUAAGUUCUAGCCGUAUGAACGCAAAUAAGUUCUGAUGAGAAACACUUAAGUUAUUCUAUGUGCAUCGCGAAAAACGAUCUGACUGAAUUUUCUUGAGCAUACUACUGAGUUAUGAGUUAUUCUUAAAAACGAUCAUGUAUUAGGAACUUGAGGCGAAAAAUGACAGACUAGGUUUGAGGACUCAUGAAAAACGUUUUCACUACCUGCAUGUGCGGAUUCUCAAAAGCCUUAUUUGGCCCUUAAUAAAUAAAGUGGACAUCGAUAGGUUAGGUAAGAGCACUUCAUUAGACUUUUUUUCAAUUCAUACGUAGUAGUUAUCUGGACAACGUUUCCAGCAUCUGUCGUUACCACACGCUAUUUAUUAGGAAGUAACCCGUAGACUUAACAGACUUGUUUAUUAAAGCGUCUAUUUACAUGCCACCAAGCAUUACUAAAUCACGAUCGCCAAUCAGAAUGCCGACUUGUUGUUUUGCGGGACCAUUGUUGCGUUAACCAGCACGAAUAGCCUUGAAUCAACUACGGGUCCUUAUUGAUCAUCUGUAUUAGUAACCUCUCGCUUAGCUCAGCUCUUUCAUUUCGGAGCACAAAUAUCAGCCUCCCCCCAUAGGAAUCGGUUUAUAUACAAACAGACCAGAUCUUAUCACAUCACAAAUGUAGAAACACUAAUUAUACAAAGUCAAGCCAAACAUGGAUGUGGUUCAGUAUAUUAGUGGUCAACAAGUCAAGUGAAAGCUUAUCAUAAGGGGAAUAUAGGUGUAUAUAAUCCAGUUACUUAUUAGUUAUACAACACAAUAUAGAAUAUAUAUAGUAACAGUCGGUAAAUAGUUCUCGUAAUUCGCCAAUAGUAUAAUAUUCGAAUACAACGGUAUCGAAGUCGAAGCAUAGUAUUUCGUUGAUUUUUUUU